CCAGAAAGAAAUUAAUAUUCAAAUUAAUUACUAAAAAAUAAAUUAUUAAAACUGUAAAUAAUUAAUAACCCUUACUCCGGGCAAAAAAAAAAAUACGCAACGAAAUUUUGUUAAUUAAUUGUGUGGCAAUUAGUGUUAAUAAAAAAUAACUUAUUCAGGUGUAUAUAACAAAAUCGAUUGGCUUCCGGUUAUAUGGACUCAAAAAUUCCCCUGAAAAUGUAUUGCGGCUUGCGAAAUACCCCCAAUUCCAUGGCCAAUGUGUGGCUGAUGUAUCACAUCUUCAUUGUCAUCAGUGUGAUGGCGAUAAUUGCCCGGCAAAUGCCGGCCGUGGUGGCGGGCGGUUCGGCCGGCUCAUCAGCAGCGAAUUUGGCAAAUAAUGUCGAAACCGAAGAUCCCGAAUUCACGGAUGUCAUCGAUAAUAUCACAGUACCUGCCGGUAGAAAUAUUAAAUUAGCCUGUUCUGUUAAAAAUCUCGGCUCAUACAAGGUAAGAUUUCACUCAAUAUUGUCGAGUCCACCGACCACAUUGCCGCCACCCACCACUACCACAUUGGCCACUACCACAACAACGACAAUGAAUGAAUUCGACAUGCUCUACAAUGGCAUUGAGCCAACAAAUUCGGUGAUUGUUAUCGAUAAAUUGGGUAUUAAAUAUCAAUCAAAUUUAAAUGAAAUUGAUAAAUCUGAACAAAAACUGAUGGGCGACACGCCAAAGGGUUACGAUUGGUCAAAGGAUAAGCCCUCGUCGGCCACAAGAUUAACGACGAGUCUGUUCCUCGGCUGGCCAGCAGCAGCUGGCUUUGUACAACAUCAUCAUCAUCACCGGCGCUGGCAUCCAUCAGCUUGUCAUCACGGCCACCACCUCCAUCAUCCCCGUCACCAUCAUCAGCUGCAUGUCAGCUGCGGUUAUUUGGCUUUAAUUCUGAUGCUGAGGUCGUUAUGGUCUUUAAUGGAAACGUAAGUUUUACAUAAUUUUAUUAAAUUACCAACACUUUGAUAAAUGCAUAUACAUACAUAUAUAGACGUGAGUAAUGUUUAAAUUAA